CAGGGUGGUCACAAGAAGACCAUCCUCAGUCACAACAAAACAGAGAAGAGAGUGAAAGUUCAGAAAACGCAACAGAAGGAAAGCCAGUGUGCCAUUGCAACGCAUCAGAAAAAAGGUCCAAUGGCGACAACAAAGCGGCGGAAUCUGCGAAAACGGCACCGGAAAACAUACAUAACUUUGACGGCAUUAUGCAAGAUGCAGAUUUUGCCAUAGACCGGAUCUCCAGGGACAAGCUAUUCACUCAACUCCAACAUGGGAUACUCUUGAACCAAAACAGGAAGAAGUAUUGGGUUGACAAGAUGGGCAAGAAUUGCUUUAUGCUUUAUGCAAGAGAUCUCUCAAUUACUUGGAGUGAGAAUAACAAUUACUGGAUAUGGCGCCAGCUGAAAGAUGCAAGCGAAGAGUCCAUUGAGACAGCUGAGCUGGUGAACGUAUGCUGGCUAGAAGUCCAUGGAAAAUUUGAUACCAAAAAGCUGUCACCCGCAAGUUUAUAUGAAGUAACAUUUGUGGUGAUGCUGAAAUGUACAGCUCAUGGGUGGAAAAUUCCAGUGAAUGUUGCACUCAAUCUCCCAGAUGGAAGUAAGCAAGAGCGGAAAGUAAGCAUGUUACAGCAGCCAAAAGAACAGUGGAUGGAGAUCCCGGUAGGCGAGUUUCGAACGUCGCCCGAAAUGCUUGGGGAGAUCCAAGUCUCCAUGUAUGAAUUUGAUGGAGGAAAAUGGAAGGGAGGGCUGAUCAUCAAGGGUGUCAAAAUACAACCAAAAACAACAUGUUGAGUAAUGUGUUUUUGGAGGAUGUACUGAAGAGUGAGAAUGCACUAAAAAAUAGUAGAACAAAAAAUAUUUAAUAUUUGAUGGUCUCAACUCUCAAGUAUCAAAAGCUCUUUAAUUUCUCUCGUAAAAAGAUAUAUGGUUAUUAUAUA